UUAGCUUUCUUUGAUUUGAUCAUCAACGGCAGCUAGUGAUCUUGUGGGAGGAGAAGGAGAAGAAGACAGAAAGGAAGAAAUGAGCAACCUCGAUGCUGAUUCAAUCCUCAACCAUUUCUCUCAUGAGCAUCCACUGGAGCUGCUGAAGUUUCAGCCUCAGCCUCCAUCUGCGCCGACAGUCGCGUGUUCUGGCUGUGAGCUUGCAGCUUCAGGCCAGCUCUACUGCUGCAGCACCUGCAACUACUAUUUGCACGAGCCAUGCUCUCGGAUGCCCCAAGAAUUGAGCCAUAGUUCCCACAAAGAACACAAGCUUACCCUUCUUUCUUCCCCUGCCUAUCCCGAAGGAACCUUCACAUGCAACGCCUGUGGCAGCCCUGGCACCGGCUUCUCCUACCAUUGCCGAGAAUGUCAGGUUGACAUUCACAUUAUCUGUGCUUUGAUGCGCUCAACAAUCAAACAUAGUGCCCAUGAUCACACCCUCAGUCUCUGGUUUAGCCCUCCCUACGACACCAAGACUUUUGACUGUGAUAUUUGUGGUGGCCCUGGCUCCGACCACUGGCUCUACCGGUGCGAUUCGUGUGAAUUUGACGCCCACAUGAAGUGCGCCAAGUCCAAAACUCAACCUCAACGCGUCCUGGCUAAGUCCACAAGUGCCCUUCCCGGCCCACCCUCAGAUCUAAAGCUACGAGACAUUCAUGCUGCGAGCAAGUAUGGCAGCCCCAAAGCUCAACAACAACAGUCCAUGCCAAGGACUCAACACCGGCAGCUGCCUCCCUUAGCCAAGUCUAGAAGUGCCCCUUCCCAGUGUCCUAAAGCGGCAGGCCAUUUUUCGCCACAGCCACCACCAGCAGAGCCACAGUUUCAACCCGGGAUGGGACUUCCAUACGUCCCGACGCAAAGCACAGCCCCUGGAAUUGGAUUUUCCGGCUGGCCUCAAACAUAUCCUCAAGGAGCAGUACAGCCCCAGUUACCAAUCUUCGCUCAGAAUGGACAGCAUCAAAGAACAAACAGCAUUUUGAAUGAUAUAGUUGGGCAAGCAAUUGAAGGUGCAAUGGGUGCAAUUACUCAAGAAGUAAUACAAUCUCUGUUAAACUCCUGACUCAUCAACUGGCCAGCUUGAGUACAAAUAAACUUGCCCCCAAAAUGUUGUGAGCUGUGUGAGUCUUUAUUUUCUCGAGAAAAUGUUUUCUUCCCUGCUUUGCUUUGCUCUGGGAUGUGACUGUAAAUCUUUGAUUUCUUAUGUUCUCCCAUGAACGGAAGAACAGAGUCUCCUAUUGGCCGUUUC